CCAAAUCCGCAAUAGCAUGAAAAGUAACGUGUGCGCCAGCAGCACGGAAAACUGACUGAAAAACAAGUUUAUCAGCAGCACUGAAACUAAAUUAAAAGCAUGUCUGAGGCUUUAAUCCAGAGAAUAAAGGAGCUGGAGGCAGACCUGGAGGCCCUCAAGUCCCAGCUGAAGGAGAGAAGUGAAGCUGAAAUUGACAUGGACAAUAUUUACAACUCACCUCCUCAUGGAAACACAGACUGCAGAUCUGAUGGCGGCACCAGCAGCAGUAAAAAGGGUAAGAAAGCAGCCAAAGCGCGUCCUUUUGACUUCUCUGCCCACCCUCGGCGCCAUGUGGCUCUCCGGCUGGCUUACCUGGGAUGGUCCUACCAGGGGUUUGCAGUUCAGGAGAACACAGACAACACUGUGGAGGCCAGACUCUUUGAAGCUUUGCUGAAAACGCGGCUGAUCCAGGACCGACAGAGCUCCAACUACCAUCGGUGUGGUCGCACAGAUAAAGGAGUUAGUGCCUUUUCCCAGGUCAUAACCAUCGAUUUGCGCUCCACACAGUUUUGUGGAGGUCUGGGCGUCACACUCCCUGAACAUGUUGACGUUGGCUCCAGGAAUAAAUCUGCCGCCUCUGAGCUUCCAUAUGUGAAGAUGCUGAACAGAGUCCUGCCCCAGGACAUCAGGAUCUUGGACUGGGCACCAGUAGCCGAGGGUUUCAGUGCACGCUUUGACUGUCAAUCUCGUACGUACCGGUACUACUUUCCCCGCGGCUGCUUGGAUGUCGCAUUGAUGGCGGAUGCUGCAAAAAGAUACGAGGGAACGCACGACUUUCGCAACUUGUGUAAAAUGGAUGUGGGUAACGGAGUCCUGCAGUUUGAGAGGACCAUCCUGUCGGCAUCAGUGAAGCCCAUGCAGCCGCAGCACAUCUCCAGUACAAACCAGUAUGACCUCUUCAUGUUUGAGAUUAAAGGACUGGCCUUCCUUUACCACCAGGUACGAUGCAUGAUGGCGCUGCUUCUCCUGAUAGGACAGAAACUGGAAGCCCCGGAGAUCAUUAAUCAGCUCCUGGAUGUUCAGAGUAACCCCAGGAAGCCUCAGUACAGCAUGGCAGUAGAUUACCCGCUGGUGCUGUACGACUGCCACUUUGAGGGUUUGAGCUGGAAACAGGAGCCUGAAGAGGUGAACCUCGUCCUGUCUGUGCUCCAGCAACACUGGACCCAGAGUGCAGUCAAGACCCACGUCCUCCUCGGGAUGAUCCAGGGUUUGGAGGCCGUAGGGGGAGUGUCGUCAGAUCGUUGCUGGCUAGUGGAAGGCAGCAGGCAGAGAAACUACCGGCCGCUGCUGGAGCGUCCAUACUGCGAGAGCCUGGAGUCCAGGAUAAAGCAUUUUGUGAAAAGAGGCAGGCUGGAGCGGGAGGAAGGGGAGAACGGAGGUGAAACGGUUCACCGAGGGAAAAAAUCCAAACACUCCCACAAUGCUCCAAAUCUGCCUGUUUCUUCAGAGAUGUCACAACACAGUCCUGAUCAAAAAGCAGAUGACUGAUGUUUUCUCAAGGGAGAAUGGAGAGAAAGUUAUUUUGUAGGAAUUUUUGUUUUGGAGAAAACACAUUUUACUUCAGAAAACAAAACAAUAUUUUUUUUUUAUUCCAUAAAAACAAUGUAUGUGCAUUCUCAUUCUCAAAUCUCUGAUCUGCUUUGAAAUAAACACGUUUUUGUGAA